AUGGGAUCCCUCAGGAUCACGAUACACUCGCCGCCCAAGACACCCGACACAAUGGCGACCGGCGACAUCCAUCACGAUGUGUACGCACGAGAAGUGCUUGGCUUGGAGGCCGGCAUGACGGAGGAUGCCAUGGACGCCGCACUCGUCGCCAAAGCCAACUCGCUUGGCAUCGCAACCUCGACGCUCCAGAAGCGCACUACAUCGAGCGCCUUUUCCUCGUCCACGUCGGGCUCGACGCUCGACCAGACCUUUUCGGCCGCAUCUCCGACAUCCAUGCCCGCGACGCCGCGGUCCUCCCUCUUUGCCAUGUCCAACACGGACCUGGCGUGCAGCGACGCGACAGGCUUUGGGCUCUACGACCAGUUCAUCGCGGCCGUCGGCGGCGGAUCGCUCGAGCAGGUCCGCUUGCACAACGGGUCGUCGCCGGCCGUCACCUCGUCGGCGCACAGCGUCUUUAGCGUCAGCACCAACAAGAGUUUUUCGAGCGUCAGAUCGGGGUUUAAGUCACGCUCCUGGUUCAAGAAGAAGUCGGACCCUUCACAGUGCUGCCAUGGCUGCCGCACCCCGGCUGGUAAAUUGGUCGCUCUGCACGGACUCGCAUGCAAGCACACAUAUUGCUCCGGGUGCAUGCGAUACGUCGUGAGCCAGGCGUGUAUGAAUGAGGCGAGCAUGCCGCCGCGCUGCUGCUCCCAGCCAUUUCUGAGCCAUGUGUUGCAAGACGCUCUGGACCGCGACACGCAGCAGGCCUUUUUCCAGGCCGUCACCCACUUCAGCACGCCUAAGCAUGCGCGCAUAUACUGCCCGAGCAGCGAAUGCGGUGCCUUUAUCAACGCGCGUCAAGUCGUCCACCACAAGCACCCCAUGGACGUGACCUGCCAGCAGUGCCUCGCGCGCGCGUGCCGCACGUGUAAGCGCGGCGCGCACGCUCUCGGCACCGACUGCCCGCAGGACUGGGAGCUCGAAGCGGUCAAGAAGAUGGGCCAGGGCACGCGCUGGAAGCGAUGCCACAGCUGCCGCAGCCUCGCCAGCCUGGCGCCGCGACGCAGCCACAUCGUCUGUCGCUGCAAGGAGGCCAUGUGCGCCGUCUGCGGCGCCAUCUGGGAUGCGACCGCUGGCGGCUGUCCUAACAUGUGCAGCAGCGACGCCGCCGUGACGCGCCCGCCGUCAACCCUGCUCCCCGACGAUACGGACACGGACACGGCCCAGACCGAAGCCGAGACGCGCGACGCCGUGAGCCGCGCCCAGCGCUGCCCCCAAGUGCAGGCUCUCAUACACCAACAAGCCCUCGAACUCGACCGUUUCUGCGCCUUUGCCGCGCGCUCGUACGGCACCAUGCAGGCGCGGCACGCGACCGACAAGCUCACCCUCCUCGAGCAGCACGUCGACGAGCAAGACGCGCUGACGGCCCGACACGCCAAAGCCGCGGCUGCGCUCGAGGACCGGCAAAUCGCCGCCGAGAUGGAGCUGCGCGCGACGCUCGAGCAGACGGCGCGCAGCGUCAACCUGCGUCUCAAGCACAUGGAAGCCUACUGCCAAGGCCGCAGCAGCAGCGACGACGCCGGCCGCGUCGUCACGGAACGCAACCUGCGCGAGCUCGGCCAGCAGUACACGCUGCGCGACGGCAUGGCGCACCAGCACCAGGCCAAGAUCAACGUGAUGCGCGAGCGCCAGGCGCGCCGCGUGGAGGAGCUGCUGGACCGCCAGGAGGCCGAGGUCGAGACCCUGACGGUACGGCAGCAGGAAGCGUCAGCCGUGCUGGGCAGUCGCGUGGCGGCCGAGGAGGAAGCCGCGGGUGACGCGCUGCGCGCGCUGCAGAUUCGGCUCGGCGCUCGCUGGAGCCUCCAGCUUGACGUGCUGUGCCGCGAGCGCGAGGCCGAAGAAGGCCUGCGGUACGGUCCGGUGGCGACGCCGGCGUGGCCGCAGGACCAGCUGUACGUGGAGCAGGCAAGUCCAGCGCUAGAGCGCAGUACCUUGACAGGUCAGCGUUUCGACUUUUCGGCACUUCUUUGUAACGCGCUCCCCCGUCUUAAUCCAAGCCGCCGAAUUCACCAAGAUCCUGCUGGGUCGGAUGGACUCGACCCUACUACCCUAGGCUUGCCCGGGCUGCCGUCGACAAAUGCGACGCUGUUCAGGGGCAUUCUUACUUUCCGCUGUAGAAUCAUGCCUCUGCCGCUCUGCGCCCAAGGUUUUCGGAAUUCCACAAUCCGCUGGGGCACAAGCGGGGAGUAG